AUGGUUCCAUACAACGGUACAAGAGCAGGUAAUUUGCGCCAAUAUAUUCAAAAUAAGCCACACAAGUGGGGUUUUAAGAUUUUUGUUCGUGCUGGUGUGUCUGGAGUUGUCUAUGAUUUUCUUCCCUAUACUGGCAAGGGGAUGAUAACUGAUCUUGCUGAUGACGAGAAAGUAUUUGGAAUUGGAGGACAAGUUGUGGUUACACUUUGCAAAAACGAGAAGCAGUUACUGAAACAAGGACGAAGCAGCUAUGACUACAGGAAGGACAGUCACUCAGAUCUCAUUUUAGUAAGGCGGGCAGACAAUAAAAUCGUGACACAUGCAAGCUCAUUUUGUGGUGUCCAACCGCUCUCAACAUACAACAAGCAUAUGGGAGGAGUUGAUCUUGCUGGUAUGCUGAUAGAGCUCUACAGAAUACCAAUGAAAACUAGGCGUUGGUACAUGAGAUUGUUUGGAUUUAUGCUAGAUUUGAGUGUUGUAAAUACCUGGCUGGUAUUUCGAAGAGAAUCUCUUGACAAGAAGACCUCAUUGAAGUCAUUCAGGGCAGAUAUUGCCAAUGGUUUGAUGUUUUCAGGGGAAAGGAAAGUAGGAAGGCCCUCAAUAGACAUAACACCACCACAAAAGAUGAGGAGGAAGCCAACAGCUCCGACUUUUACACAAGAUGUCCGAUUUCAUAAUAUGGAGCAUUGGCCUGUAUACGGUCCCAAAGGUCGUUGUCGUUAUUGUCCAUCUGGAUAUUCUACAGACAGCAGGAAUGCAUAA